AUGGCUUUGGAUGGAAAGGUAUUCGCUCCUCGAAUUCCUUUAGACUCAUCCAACUUUUUAUAUGAUAGGUUAGGCUUUUGAACGAGGAUUCUACACAAGAGGAGAAAAUGGUCAUGAAUUUUAUACUUCUUCCAUUUACCCUUAGUCCGAGCACACACUGGGGAAAAAACGAAUAGAAUGAGGCAACUCUCCAGUUCGCUAUUAUUUCAAGAACUUCUAGAUUUCAAAGCCUUCAUGGAACUAGAAGAAGCAGCUCGGACUUCUAGGCCAUACAUAAAUUUGAGAUAA